AUUAGUAUUUUUUCCUAAAUUAAAUUAAUAUUAGCAAAGCAAACCGCGCAAUGCGCGGCCCGAUAAUAUAAUGGUUAUACGUCCCUGCGAUGAACGAUGUGCUUUUCCUCUGCUUCUUCUUGCCUUUGCUUAUUUGAGAUGCUCUUCAAUAAGUGAUACUAGAAGGUGAAGAGAACGAGAGAGAUGGAUUUUACACGGAUAUCCAUAAUGCAUCAUGUGGGCAUCGUUCUGUUCUUGCUUUCGUUGCUUUCUUUUUACAAUCGAUGCCACCCAGUUGCCUGCUGCAUUUCUUUCAUAUAUCUUUUUGCGGUUCACGAGAGGUAUGUCAUGCGAUUGACAAGGAAAUUGCAGUUCCAGGAAAAAAAGCAAGCUAAUCAGAAAAAAGUGCUCUCUGAUUCUGAAACUGUUCGGUGGUUGAACCAUGCUGUGGAAAAAAUGUGGCCUAUUUGUAUGGAGCAUAUUGCAACGCAGAAGAUUCUACUCCCCAUUAUACCUUGGUUCUUGGACAAGUAUAAGCCAUGGACCGCUAAAAAGGUUGUGGUUCAACACAUGUAUUUGGGAAGAAAUCCACCAAUGUUCACAGAAAUGAGGGUUCUCCGCCAAUGUUCCAGUGACGACCACUUGGCAUUGGAAUUGGGAAUGAACUUUUGUACGGCAGAUGAUAUGAAUGCGGUACUUGCUGUCAAAUUAAGGAGAAUGCUGGGAUUUGGAAUGUCAACAAAGUUGCAUAUGACAGCUAUGCAUGUUGAAGGGAAGGUCUUGAUUGGAGUGAAAUUCCUUCCCUGCUGGCCUUUCCUUGGCCGUUUGAGGGUAUGCUUUGCUGAGCCACCUUAUGUUCAAAUGACUAUCAAACCUAUCUUCCAUCGUGGCAUUGAUGUUACUGAACUUCCGGGGGUUGCUGGAUGGCUAGACAAGCUUCUGUCAGUUGCAUUUGAGCAGACACUGGUUCAGCCUAACAAGCUAGUUGUGGAUGUGGAGAAAUUUGCUUCAGCAGAGUCAGAAAAUUGGUUCUCUGUUGACGAGAAGGUACCUGUUGCUUAUGCCAAAGUUGAAGUUGUGGAAGCAGCUGACAUGAAACCGUCUGACUUAAAUGGAUUGGCUGAUCCAUACGUUAAAGGGCAACUUGGCCCUUACAAAUUCAUGACAAAGACACAAAGGAAAACUUUGGCUCCGAAAUGGCAUGAAGAAUUCAAGAUCCCCAUUUGCGGAUGGGAUUUGCCUAACGUUCUGGCUAUUGAAGUACUUGACAAGGAACAUUUUGUUGAUGAUUCCCUUGGGUUUGUUUCUUCUCCACGUCAUACGAACAUGGUUAAAUGGGAUUGUACCAUUAGCAUCAAUGAUCUUAGAGAUGGUGAGAGACAUGACAUGUGGUUGCCACUCCAGAAAAUUAAAAUGGGGAGGCUGCAUCUUGCCAUAACUGUUCUUGAAGAAAAUAGAAAGGCUGGUGCUAGUAUUUUUUAUGGAGAAACACUGAGCAAGGGAGAACUAAGAGAUUCCUUUGUAAGUGAGACUGCAAGUAGAGCUUCCUUUUCCUCAUCCACAACAUCAGAUAGGUCACCUCGAGUGCUAGAUAAUUUUGAUCCUGUAAACAUUGAAGGGCAACAGGAAACUGGGAUAUGGGUACAUCAAUCUGGAAAUGAAGUGCGAGAAAUUUGGGAGCCUAGAAAGGGGAAGAUUAAGUGCCAAGACAAUGAAGUUGGUGAAGUUCCUCAUAAUUCAUUGGGCGGAACUCAUUCUGCAACUUCUGGGCCCCUUAACAACGAGAGUAGCAGUACGGAUGAUACCCUAGAGGGUAAAAGGUCAGCGAACAAAGUCUGGAAGGGUUUACAUAAGAUUAGAUUAGUAUUUCAUAAAGGUUCUAAAAACGAGGAACAUUUGGACAGCAAUGAUGAGACUGUUCAAUCUCCUCAUGCUAACAUUAAAGCCGGUAACCAGGAGAUGGAUGUAAAUUCCAUAGUGGAAGACAACCUUCCUAAGUCUACAGUGGUUGAGAGUUCAAAAGAAGUUGAUUUGGUUUUGAGUCCUGAGGGAAGUGUGCCGGAAAGUCCGGGGAAGGUAAAUGUCAAAGACAAGGCAAAGAAUAUUUUUAAACGUGCUGAAAAGUCUGCUCGUAGCCUAAAGCAUGUUCUUUCCCGAAAAGCGUUAGGAAAAUCACGAAGCAAGUUAUCUGGUGCAAAAGAAUUAGAAAUAUAUCCAGAGUCUGAUUCUUCCAAUAAUGAAUCUCGAUCAUCUUCUCAAGUUGAAAGAGUCCCAGUUGUUUCUAGUUCCACAUCUUCCUAUCAUGGUAAUGACGAUUCUGAUAAAAACAAGGAGAAUGUCCUGCAGGCUGGUUCGAGUGAGUUUGCACUUGAUGCAGAGGGCCAAAUGAAGAAGGUAAAUGUCAAUGGCCUGGAGAGUGUAGAUGAGAAUGAGGUGACCAUCUCGAAUAGUGGCAUUGAGGAGUCGUCGAACUGUCAGCAAUCUGAAAAGAAAUUGGAUGCUAAUGAAAUGGAGGAGUUAUCCAACCUUCAGCCAUGUGGUAAGAAAUUGGAUGGUAAUAGACAGGGGGAGUCCUGAAAUCCUCAGCUCUUUCAAGAGAAAUUGGAAGGACAGGUUAAGUAACAGCUUUUUUUGCUUGGCAGAAUGUGAAUUAGUAGUUAGUAUAUAAAAAUGGUUUCCUCCAUCCUGUACAGUUGCUGAAAAUAUUCAUUGUUCAUUAUUUUGUAUAUUUCCCAAUCUUAUUUGAUUCUAUGUGAAGCUUUUUUAUUUGGUGGUAUACUUGAAACUGUUUGUACAUUCUCAUAUGGGAAUUCUCCAUAUGAUAAUACUAGCCAUAUUUAAAGAGUUGCUAUUGAUGGGUGUUGGAAAGAUGGGUGUAGUUUGUUUUUAUAUGAGAAGAGGAGCUAUUUGCAGUUCUUUUGUUGAAA